AUGCAAAAGGCAAUUAAUAAAUUAUGUGGUUUUCUUGAACAAAUUCAACUGAGGCACCAAAGUGGAACAACUGAGGCAGACAUGGUCGCUGAAGCAAAGCGGAUGUAUCAUGCAAUACAGAAAAAACACUUCACAUUUGAUACAUGUUGGGAUAUUUUGCGCCGAAGUUGUAAGUGGGAUGAAUUUCGAACACAAUCCAAAAAGAGUACGCAACAUGUUUAUCCAUGUUCUAAUCCAUCAACUGGAGAAUCUGAUGCAUUUCAAUCCAACCAGAAUAAUGUUCUGUACGAAGAACCAUCUAAUCCAUUAACACGACCAAUUGGUACUAAAGCAGCGAAAGAGAAGUUGAAGAAUCAAACAACCCACGAUAGUAGAUUUGAUGAAAUGGCUGCCAACCAAUCCAAAAUGGUUGAAGUGUUAUCAACUAUUUCCACUAGAACUAUUGAGUGA